AUGCCCAGCGUCGGAACCUACGUGAAAGCCAUCACAGCCGGAGCAGCCCUCUGCAUAGGCGGCCCGGCACUCGUCUGGUACGUGACACCGACUGAAGAGGAAAUCUUCAAGAAGUACAAUCCGGAUCUACAGAAGAGGGCUCUGGCGACGAGGGAGCAGCGACAGCAGGACUUUGAUGCCUUUGUGUGCCAGUUGAAGGAGGCUAGUAAGUCGGAUAAGCCGAUCUGGGUUGUGCAGAAGGAAAUGGAGAAAAAGCGGGCAGAAGAGAAUGCCCAGCGUUUGAGGGAUGAACGGGAUGCUCUAGCCGCCGAAGCAGAGAGAAGGCGAGCAGAGAUCAGAUCGAGCGCCAAGUAA